GGAGAAGAUAUAAGCGUCUAGGUAACCUUUCUUCUGCCACCGCGAGCGCCUCCGAUUGGGUUUCUAUCACACAAACCCAGACCUUUCCCCUCACAUGAUCUCGUCGUCAGCCCAACAUCCCGCCUUCCACUCUUUGCAACGAUACAUUGUCGUCUGCUGAAUAUGGACAUUGCUCUCCAACAAACCCGACAAUCUUCAAGAUCAAUCCUUGUGCAUCACCCGCGAGAGUAUAAGCGUACCCACCAGCUUUCGCAACCCCCUCUUAUUCGCAACCGGUGCUUGACGUGGUUCGAGCGCACCAACUACUUGUCACCCCACAGACCCCUAUUGGGAAGAUCCCUUUGAUCGCAACAUGUCGCAUUCCCCUUUCACCCCUCGCCUCUCUUCUGAUUCCCCUUCACAUGAAACCAACACCCAGCGACCUGCAAACUUUCUGGCUAAACUUUACGCUGCCUUACACGAUGAUCACAACGCCAAGCAAGCCAUGUACUGGUCUUCCGAUGGGAAUCAGCUCGUCGUAGCAGAUCCAAAACUUUUGGAAACCAGUGUGCUCCCAGUCCACUACAAGCAUUGCAAAUUUACCUCGUUCUGUCGACAGCUGAAUAUUUAUGGGUUUGCCAGAGUCUAUCCCGGUCGCCACUUCGAAGACGCGCGAGGCAACAUGUUGACAAACGCAUCCGUCUGGGCUCAUCCAACUCUGCAUAGGGACUCGACAAUGGAAGAGCUCAUGGCCGUCAAGCGACGAGCACCUCCGCGCCUGUUUCGCAAUCGCCGACAAACCAACGAGCGGUCCCCGUCGCAAAGGCCGGUUGAGACUCAAUGGCGAAGGCGACAGCCAUUCCAAUCGGGGCGCCCAUCGGCUUUCCUGCCUGCUCUCGACUUGGAACUGCCGCGCACCAGUCCAGCUUUCCAGCAUGAAUCUUUCUGGUCUGGCAAACGUGAGAUGCGAGGGAAUGCGCAAGCAAUGCAUCCUCAGACCGACGACGGAGCUACGAGACCGUGCUUUCUAUCCGAAAGCGCUCAAUGGGCAAAUUUACCAGAUCAAACGGAUGAGCGGGGUCAAGUCUCAGCGAUAGGCGCUGUAUCCGCUAUGCCGCUUCACUACAUUAUUGCCCCGGAGAUCAGGCCAUUGCAGGUUCCAUCGCCUGGGCCGAAACCUCUACCGAGCCCCUCAGUGUUUGAGCAGUGGGACCCGGAAACUUCGGCCAACAUUCCGCACCAUCUCCCGUACGCUGUCAAAGUCCCACAUGCAACAUCAGACUCGUGUUCGGCCAUGCUGCAUCAACAGCCGUACUACUCGGCUCAGGAUCUCGUCAAUCCUCUCGGACAACGGAUCGCAACGCUCAGACCCAGUUACCUCUAUUCGGACCGGCAAGUUUACCAAGACGUCGAGUUAUAGAUCGUGCGCGUCGUGCUCCGUUUUGCUAUUGUACAAGUUUCG